UAGUUUAGUCGCUGAAGACCUUCUACAAACAACAAACGGCGUUAAAAAAAAUUUAACAAAUUUUCGAUGUCGAACAUGUAUAAAAUAAUUUCGGCUUUAUUCUUAAUAGUGUUAGGGGAUUUGGCAAGAGCAGAGAACCAAAAUGUAGAACCUUACAUCAACUCAACAUUGCGCACUGAGGACUACAUCAAUAUGAAUAGACAGCAAUUUGCUAAAUAUAUCGAAGAUUUUGAUAUACAAAUGGAACUUUUUAAACAAUUGUAUACAGCAAGUCUUGAUACCAUUAACAUACAGCAGGACAUGUUAGUCAACACACUUGUUCAAACUGAUGAUGAAUUAAUGUCCAUAGAAAUCCAAAACCCAAAAUGUGUUUCCAAAUAUCGGCCGUCAAUACCAGCCGUGAUUGUUACUAAAGCAAAAAUAAAUAACUGUAUUACCACUGCCAACCAACAAUUUAGUGGCAUGCUAAAUAUAAAUGCUCAUUAUUAUAUAUUCAAAAGUCAAAAAGAUUUUGCCGUUCAAAUGGAUGUUGCUGAAUGCUCGUCUGAAGCUAGUAUCAAUAAAGCUUUGGAUUGUAGUUAUUUAGUUGAGAAGGAGACUAUUUCUGCAAUUGCUGAAGCCAAAACAUUAAUUAACAAGUGUCUGGAGAGUAAAGAUGACUGCAAACCAUGUAUCCAAGGUUUUACAUGCUCCGAAGUUCAUAAAAUGCCACGUUCUGAAGUCAGUUAUACGCGUAAAACUAUGAACAAUCCUUUCUAUUUACGUAGUGACAUUAAAAAUUGCUUAAUGUUGCAAUUGUAUUAGAAAUACUGUAAUACUGUUUCAAACAUAUUUGCAUAUCAAUUAAUAAAUUUCUUAAUUUCAAUAUAAAA